UGACCCGCCGCUACAUGACCGACAUGAUCACCUACGCAGACACCGACGUCAUCGUGGUUGGUGCCGGCUCCGCUGGCCUCUCCUGUGCGUAUGAGCUCAGCAAGAACCCCUCCAUCCGCGUCGCCAUCAUCGAGCAAUCCGUCAGCCCCGGCGGUGGGGCCUGGCUCGGCGGCCAGCUCUUCUCCGCCAUGGUGGUUCGCAAGCCCGCCCACCGCUUCCUGGACGAGUUGGAGGUGGCAUACGACGAGCAAGAGGACUACGUUGUCAUAAAGCACGCGGCGCUGUUCACUUCCACCAUCAUGAGCAAGCUGCUGGCGAGGCCCAACGUGAAGCUGUUCAACGCCGUGGCGGCGGAGGAUCUGAUUGUGAAAGGAGGGAGAGUUGGUGGAGUUGUCACAAACUGGGCUCUGGUGUCGAUGAACCAUGACACACAGUCGUGCAUGGACCCGAACGUGAUGGAGGCCAAGGUUGUGGUGAGCUCGUGCGGGCACGACGGGCCUUUCGGCGCCACCGGGGUUAAGAGGCUGAAGAGCAUCGGCAUGAUUGACAGCGUGCCCGGAAUGAAGGCCCUUGACAUGAACACCGCGGAGGAUGCCAUUGUUAGGCUCACCAGGGAGAUUGUGCCUGGCAUGAUUGUCACCGGCAUGGAAGUUGCUGAGAUUGAUGGUGCCCCCAGAAUGGGUCCAACAUUCGGAGCAAUGAUGAUAUCAGGGCAGAAGGCAGCUCAUUUGGCGUUGAAAGCAUUGGGAAAGAGCAAUGCCAUCGAUGGGACUUGUGGACUUGAAAUUGAAGAACCCCAAUUUGUUUUGGCCUCUGCUGAUACUGAAGACAUUGUUGAUGCUUGAAGUUUUCUAUUCAACUUAGGAUUUUCUUUUUCUUUUCUUUUUUUUUCUUCUGUUUUUCCUACCUACGAUUUGCAUUUGGGAAUAAAUAAAGAAAAAUGUGAACGAAAAAUAUUAAAUCCUUUUCGUUUUUAUCUCCGUAA